GCGAGGCAGACACUUGCAUGCUACCUACAGCACAGCACUACACCGCACAGCUCCCUCUAUCUCUUGCACCACUGUAUGCCGCUGCAGUUGUAACCAAUCUGGUCCGGUCCGGUCACCUUUCCCGGCGGUGGUGGUGGCGAAACCAAAAGCCGCCGUACCUGAAACGAUUCUCCCUCCUCCCUUCCAUCCCUCGCUUUCUUCCUCUUCUUUCUUGCAUCAUCCCUCCAAUGGACGAGCCGCGCCCACCCGUCCUCCUCCCACGUCUAUAAAGCCCGCCUGAAACCGACCCAAGCUGCUCGCCCGCCCGCCCGCCAGCAAACCUUCCUGUCCACCUGCCUGCGUGCGUUGUUGUGCGUGCGUACGUGGUGGUGGCAGGCGGAGCGAUGGGAGGGACCGGCGGCGGCGGGGUCUGGCCGGUGGUGGUGAUGGUGUUCCUCAACGUGAUCGCGGCGGUCAUGGUGUCCCUCGUCAAGGUCGCCAUGAACGGCGGGCUGGACCCGCUGGUGCUCGUGACGCUGCAGCAGCUCACCGCCGCAUGCUUCCUCGGCCCCAUCGCCUUCUUCCGGGAAGGCAAGGCGCGGCCCAAGAUGACGCUGGAGAUCUUCGCCUACCUCUUCGCCAGCGCGGCGCUGGGGGCGGCGCUGCGGCAGUACAUGAUCUUCGUCGCGCUGCGGUACACCACGGCCACCUUCGUCACGGCCUUCUCCAACGUGGCCCCCGUGCUCACCUUCCUGCUCGCCGCCGCCACCCGGUCCGAGUCGCUCAACCUCCGCACGGCCACGGGCGCCGCCAAGCUCGCCGGCACGCUCGUGUCGCUGGCCGGCGCCAUGGUGCUCACCUUCUACCGCGGCGUGCCCCUCACCCACGCCCACCACGGCGGCCAGCUCCAUUACUCUGCUCCGUCGCCGGCGUCGUCGGUUGCCGACCCCGGCGCCAGCAAGAGGUGGACGCUCGGCACCGUGGCCAUCCUCGGCAACUGCGUCUGCCUCUCCUGCUGGUUCCUGCUCCACGGCCGCCUCGCCCGCAAGUACCCCUACGUCUACUCCUGCAACGCCUUCAUGUCCACCUUCAGCUUCCUCCAGGUCGCCGCCGUCGGCCUCUGCGCCCACCGCAGCCUCGGCCUCGCCGCCUGGCUCGUCACCUCCAAGUUCCAGAUCCUCACCAUCCUCUACGCCGGAGUGGUGGGGUGCGGCGUGUCGUUCGUGCUGCUCACGUGGUGCAUCGAGAAGAGGGGGCCGGUGUUCGUGGCGGCCUUCAUCCCGGUGGUGCAGAUCAUCGUCUCCGUCAUGGACUUCACCGUGCUGCACGAGACGCUCUACCUCGGAAGUGUGCUGGGAUCAGUGUUCGUGAUAGGUGGGCUGUACCUGCUGCUGUGGGGCAAGAGGCAGGAGGCCCUGCAGCAGCCUCCAAAAGUUGCAGAGGAUGAAUCGGAGCAGCAACAACAACCACAACAGCAGCAGCAGCAAGUGCAGGUGCAGAUGCAGCCCUGACCAAGACUGGAAAACAGAGGAGCCCUCUGUCCACAGCUGGGUGGGUGUUAACAAGCGCAGAUCAAAUAAGUUCUCCAACACACUUUUCAGUUUUUGUCUCCCCCAUGUUCUUGUGAGAUCACCAUUAAUGCUGUAAGUUAAGCUUCAGGACAAUGUCAAUGUCAGUCAUGUCAUGGAGCUGCUUAGGUUCUGAUCCAGACAACAGUCAGUAGGAUAUGUUGAUCUAAAGGUUCUAUACUAGAUGUCACCACUUUUUUGUAUGUUUUUGGAGAAUUGUAUUUUUUUUCCUGCGGACAUAUGUGGAGCGUUUUAACUGCAAAUUUGUAAGACCUAUACAUGGCAAUGGCAUUAUUUGAGUGAAA